UCUCUCUACACGGAGUGUUAGGAAAAAUGGGUAGCUCACUACGGCUCCUCUUCAUUUAUUCUUGAUGCCUUGCUUCUGUGUUCCUUGGGAAUGCCACUGGGCUUAUACAUCUGGUCUCUGGGAGCUACGGUGGAUGGGCAUUUGUAACAGCACUAUGGGACUGAGUACCACUCUCCUUGUGAUGAUGGCCUUCCUGCUCUAUGGUGCUGCUUCCAUGAAGGCAUAUUUCAACAAGACUGGAGAACUUCCAUGUCACUUUACAAACUCUAAAAACAUAAGCCUGAAGGAGCUGGUAGUAUUUUGGCAGAUGGAGAAUAAGGUUCUUUAUGAGCUAUUUAGAGGCAAAGAGAAUCCUCAAAAUGUUCAUGCCAACUUCAAGGACCGCACAAGCUUGGACCAGGAUAAUUUGACCCUGCGACUCCACAAUGUUCAGAUCAAGGACAAGGGAUUGUAUCAAUGCUUCAUCCAUCACCAAGAGCCCGGAGGAAUGAUUCCCAUCCACCAAAAGGAUAUCGACCUCUCAGUGCUUGCUAACUUCAGUCAACCUGAAAUAAUGCUACUUUCUAACAGAACAGAAAAUUCUGACAUAAACGUGACCUGCUCAUCUGUACAAGGUUACCCAAAACCUAAGAAGAUGUAUUUGCUAAUAAAAACCAUGAAUUCAACAUCUGAGUAUGAUGCUGACAUGAAAAUAAUCCAAGAUAAGAACACAGGACUAUACAAUGUUUCUAUCAGCUUGUCUUCUCUGGUGUUUCCUGAAACAAAUGUGAGCAUCUUCUGUGUCCUGCAACCUGAACCAACACAGACACAGCUUUUCUCCCAACCUUACAAUAUAGAUGCAAAGCCAUCUCCGCCACCCCGGUCUGUCCCAGACUCUGUCCUCAUGACUGCUCUACCUGUACCGCUGUUGGUUGUGUGUGUGAUGGUAGUGCUCUUUUUGAUACAAAUGAAAAUGAAGAAGAAGAAGCCUGGCCCCUCUCAUGAAUGUGAAGUCAUCAGGGUGGAAGGGGAAGAGAGUGAACAGGCCCAGGAAAGAGUAGAAAACCGUGUACCUGAAAGACCUAAUGAAGCCCAGUGUGUUGUCAACAUUUCAAAGACAGACUCAGAAGGCAAGAAAAGAUUACCAUUAAUAACAGUGGAGGCUCUUGGACUCCCUCUGAAUGAGAUGGCCUCCUGAUAAUGCCAGCUCUGCUCCCUAUGCCAGGAGCAGAUUUUAUGAGCACACGGACUGGAUCCUAAUGUUUAGGACUAAUGCCUUCUGUGUCAGAGUUGGCCUCUUUUCUUAAUUUUACAAACUGUGCUUUCUGUAGAACUCCCACUUCCUAGAAUGGUGACUUUUAUCUACUCUGAAUUCUAAGUUAAUGCCACAACCUAUCUUGUAUACCUAUGACUGAACACCUACCUCUUCAGUCUGAGAGGGCGCUAUAUAUUUUAUGUCUUUAUAAUGUUAAUAUUAACAUUUUGAAAUAUAAAAAAAUAUGUACUCUACUAAUGUAGUUAUGAUGCCUUGAAAAAUGUCCACCCUUUGCCAAGGAGUUGUUGUUCUUCUCUGAUGGUCAGUAAGGAAAGCGGACAAACUCAAAAUUUGGGAGACUAAGAGAGUCAGAGAUGGCAGCACUCUGGAUCCCGGAGCCAUUUCUAUAUGGGCAGUUGCUAACACUAAGGAAGAUCCAUGUGUCCAACAAGCUAUUGAUAAGCCUUAGGAGAGAACGCUGGAUAAAGCAGGACAGUUCCGUGCAUCGUGGACCCUACCUCUCUUCUUGAAAAAACUGACUGAGAUCGUAGCCUGGGCAACUGUGCAAGAGCCAAUAGAGAGAUCACAAUACUCAAAAGAGAGGGAGAAAAAAAGAAAUAUCUUGACCAACAGAGAUGCACAUGAAUGUUCUUCUGUCCAGUCCUUCAACAAGCCUUGGGGACAAGCAACAGGUGAACCGUUCGUCCAAAUGGACUUAAGACAGUAGUUUUCUGGGUGGUCAGUGAGGGGUUUUGAUGAUACCAUGUGGUUGUGAUGUUUUACCUGGCUGAAAGCAGAGCUUGGGGUAGAGAACUAUCAUCUUGAUCAUGGGAUAAAUGGAAGGAGACUUCGAACUUUUCCAACUAAUUGCUGAGAGACAAAGAGCUGGAAUAAAAUUAGUUCAACCAGCAUGCAAAUCAUCCAGAAGUUGACUUAGCCCACAGAUGCCCUAAGGACAUAUUGGCCAGCCCAGAGCAGUGCUAGUGAACUUGUGUCUGAGGACUAUGAGCAUCAUUUUCAACAAUAAGAAAACUGGGUGCAAGAGACAAAUAUACUAACCCAGUAGAAAUAAGUUGAGCGACCCUGGCUCUAAAGCAACAUCACUAAGGGAUGGAGCAGCUUCAGUUCGAACCUAAAGAGGACUUUGGGAGGCCACGCUAUAGAAAUGGUUCUGUAGACCCUAGAGGGUUAUAGACAGCUAUGUUAGCUAUGCUUGUCCUUGUGAAAUUGCCAUUUGUGUGCUCUAACCUGCGCCUGCCUUCUUUAGACUCUAAGCAUCUUGUUUAGAGUUUUGUACAGAGCAGCUCUCAGUAAAUUUUCAUUAAAUUGAUGUAAAAAUUUAUGUUUGGCUUCUACUUCCGGAGUGCUACUCAACCCUUGUAGUCUGAUGUUCCUCCCUCUGUCUUCCAAAUAUACUUCCUUCCUCUUGACGUCUCUGUGGUAGCCCCAUUCUCCAGUCACCCUAGCUAGAGGCCUCUGACUCAUUCCAAACCUUCUCCUCUUCCCUUUCCCCUAACCAUUGUAUGAGAAAGAGGAGCUAAUAUAAUUCUAUAUGUUAAUCUCAGUAAUAAGACAUAAAAGAUUAGUUAGAACAGGUUGUUUCUGAAGACAACUGGGAAAUUUAGAGUGAAGGAAGGGAUACUUGCUUUUCAGUUUAUAAACUUUUAUACUGUGUAAUUUUAAAAUUAUGUGCUUGUAUAUACACUAAACAAAGGCUAAUGUAAAAGCAUUUCUAAAAAAAAUACAUUAUAAAAUAAAUUCAUAUAACUGUACUAUAUGUUUGAAAGUUGCUAAGAGAGUAGAUCUGAAAAAUUCUCAUCUGAAGAGAAAAAAUUUGUAACCAUGUAUGGUGAUAGAUGUUAAUUAAACUUAUUGUGGUAAUCAUUUCACAGUAUAUAAGUAUAUCAAGUCAUUAUGUUGUAAACCUAAAAUUAAUACAUUAUAUGUCAAUUAUGUCUCAAUUAAAAAUAAA